UCUUUCUAGAAUUAUGUCACUCUGUUAUAUAUAAAUGCGUCGACCACUGUAUCAGAUCAAUAUUCUGGACAAAGUAACUACUCCUGUGCAUACUGAAAAUUUAGGAAAUUGCUAAAAAGUGCGCAAUGGCUCUAAUUCCAAUUACCUACGACUUCAACCCAUUUUACCCAUCCGUCUAUGCCCCUGCUACGCCGUUCAGGAGCUUGAUUUCUAGCGUUCUGAACGAUGAACUAUUUGGUGCCGCUAGAGAUGUACCGGCUAAAUGGAGCCAUGUUUUCUACUUGGAUAACUUUAGACCGGAAGACGUAAAAAUGACCGUAGAAGACGGCAACGUUAAAAUUCACGCUCGCCACGUCCGCGGGGACGACGAAAACGGAGAGAUGAGGGAGGUCAAACGGUGUGUCAAAAUUCCGGACGGGGUCGACCAGGCCAAAGUUCAAGGCAGGAUGAUGAAUGACCGCACGUACGUGGUAGAGGCACCGCUCUUACGCAAUGAAACGGAAGAAGUUGAGCUCAAAGUAGAAAGUGUUCCAGCCAUAACAGACGGUAAGGAAAAAGACAUGCAAUUAGUCGAAAGCAAUAAGAAACCAUUUGAAACCAAACUGGACUUGUCAAUGUUUGACCCCGCAGAGGUCAAGGUCAAACGACGUGGAAACCAAGUGUCCGUCUCUGCGGAUCAUGAGAGCGAGGAAAAUGGGAUGAAAAUAUCUCGGUCUUACAGGCGGGAGUUUACCGUGCCCCAGGGCGUGGACUAUAAACAAAUCAAGUGUGUCCGGGACCCCAAGGGACGAGUGGCUGUUAUGGCCCCUAAAGCCGAGAAGUAGUGUGUUCUGGGUAGCAGGGAGUCGUUUAAUCCUGGUGGAAGUUUAGGAGACUGAACAUUUAUUAACCUAAUUUGUCGGUAUGUCAGUGCGAGUGCCCCUGCGUGCAUAGUUGAUAACGUACCACUAAAGUUUGCUUUAUUUGUUGACCAGAAUGUCUUCAUAAUGUUUGUAACAAGUUGUGAUGUAACAUAUUAUGUACUCAAGCUAGCUUAUUGUCAUCUACCUUUAUGGAUGUUCAUAAAUAAUACACUAUAAUACUAUGUUAUUUGUUGUAUACAUAUAUUAAGUGGAAUGUUGUUAUUUCCUUUAGAAACAAAUCCUUUUAGUGGUUUAUAAUUUUAUAGAUAAUUCUUGGUCAAAUAUUUCAUGCAGAAAGUACAUGCAAAAUUAUGUAUUUCGCUCAUAUUUAGUUGUUUUUAUUAAUUCUGUUUCCUUAUUUUGCCUUCAAUUGAAGGUAAUAAAAUUGUACACUGA